AUGGAUACAAGGGUUUGGAACGAAACGUUUAUCAACGGUCAGUGGGCAGAAUUUGUUUGUGACGAAUUCCCAGACCCUCUAGCCAUCUACGUCGACAAUCUGAAGUGCCAUGUGUCCGAGACCGCGCAGGAAGCAUUCGCGUCGUGGGGGACAGAGCUCGUGCCUCUACCAAAAAAAACUACUGCUGUACUACAACCUCUGGACGUGGGCAUCAUGGGCCCGAAUGGGUCCCUGCCUCUGCGGGAGAGGCUGCUGGCGCUCAAGCGCAUGUCUGCAGAUGAGAAGAGAAAGCUGCUUGUAGACAGGGUAGUGACAGCGUGGGCGGCCAUCGACGAGCGCUGCAUCAAGCGGGCUUGGGAGAAAGCUGGACUGUAA